GCGGCUCCAAAGUCGCCUCCCCCAUCCGCCCCCGCAAGCCCUUUCCCCGGCUCUCUGGAGAAGAAAUGCGAAAACCCGACGCUUUUCUGGCCUGGGGAGAGUAGAAAGAACCUGCCGGGGCCUGUUUUACGACAACGUGCGUCUGCGUGGGGUGGCUGACGGCAGCGUCGUGCUGCUCUUGGAGAGGUCACUCCGGAGAAGGCGUUGAGUUUGGGGUGUGGGGUCGGUGGCAGUAUGUGGCGCGUCUGUGCUCGACGGGCCCAGAGUGCGGCCCCAAGGGAGGGAUUCGGUGCUCGGUGCACGGCCUUAAGGGAAGGACCUGGACCUGUGUGCGUGACCCCGCGAUAUGGCCCGGCUUCGGCUCGUUGUAACAGCACGACCAGGGGGUCUGGCAGGGUCCGAGCACUCUGCAGCUGGAACCCCAGCUCAUGGCCCACACCACGGAACCGCUUCCUGCUGCAGCUUUUGGGGUCGCCCAGCCGCCGCUGUUACAGUCUUCCUCCGCAUCAGAAGGUUUCGUUGCCUUCUCUUUCCCCCACGAUGCAGGCAGGCACUAUAGCCCGUUGGGAAAAAAAGGAAGGGGAAAAGAUCAAAGAGGGCGAACUAAUUGCAGAGGUUGAAACGGAUAAAGCCACAGUUGGGUUUGAAUGCAUGGAGGAAUGUUAUAUGGCAAAGAUCCUUGUUGCUGAAGGUACCAGAGAUGUUCCAAUUGGAGCAGUCAUCUGUAUUACAGUUGAAAAACCUGAGGAUAUUGAGGCCUUUAAAAAUUAUACUUUGGACUCCUCGUCAGCACCUACCCCACAAGCAGCCCCAGCACCAACCCCUGCUGCUUCACUACCUACACCUUCUGCUCAGGCUCCUGGUAGCUCAUAUCCCACUCACAUGCAGGUACUUCUUCCUGCUCUCUCUCCCACCAUGACCAUGGGCACAGUUCAGAGAUGGGAAAAAAAAGUGGGUGAGAAGCUAAGUGAAGGAGACUUAUUGGCAGAAAUAGAGACUGACAAGGCCACUAUAGGUUUUGAAGUACAGGAAGAAGGUUACCUAGCAAAAAUCUUGAUUCCUGAAGGCACCAGAGAUGUCCCUCUAGGAACCCCACUCUGUAUCAUUGUAGAAAAAGAGGCAGAUAUACCAGCAUUUGCUGACUACAGGCCAACUGAAGUAACGGAUUUAAAACCCCAAGCACCACCAUCUGUGCCACCCCCGGUGGCCACUGCUCCUCCAACUCCUCAACCUAUAGCCCCUACUCCUUCAGCUGCCCGCCCAGCUACUCCUGCUGGACCAAAAGGAAGGGUGUUUGUUAGCCCUCUUGCAAAGAAAUUGGCAACAGAAAAAGGGAUUGACCUUGCACAAGUAAAAGGGACCGGACCAGAUGGCAGAAUCAUCAAGAAGGACAUUGACUCUUUUGUGCCUACCAAAGUUGCUCCUGCUCCAGCAACUGCAGUUUCUCCCCCAGUUCCUGGAGUGGCACCAGUUCCUACUGGUGUCUUCACAGAUAUCCCAAUCAGCAACAUUCGUCGAGUUAUUGCACAGAGGUUAAUGCAAUCUAAGCAAACCAUACCUCAUUAUUACCUGUCUAUUGAUGUAAAUAUGGGAGAAGUUUUGACAGUGCGGAAAGAACUUAAUAAGAUGUUAGAAGGAAGUGGCAAAGUAUCUGUCAAUGACUUCAUCAUAAAAGCUUCAGCUUUGGCAUGCUUAAAAGUUCCUGAAGCAAAUUCUUCUUGGCUGGACACAGUUAUAAGACAAAAUCAUGUUGUUGAUAUCAGUGUUGCGGUCAGUACUCCUGCAGGACUCAUCACACCUAUUGUAUUUAAUGCACAUAUAAAAGGAUUGGAAACCAUUGCAAGUGAUGUUGUUUCUUUAGCAACCAAAGCUCGAGAGGGUAAACUACAGCCACAUGAGUUCCAGGGUGGCACUUUUACAAUCUCCAAUUUAGGAAUGUUUGGAAUUAAGAAUUUCUCUGCUAUUAUUAACCCACCUCAAGCGUGUAUCUUGGCAAUUGGUGCUUCAGAAGAUAGAUUGGUUCCAGCAGAUAAUGAGAAAGGAUUUGAUGUGGCUAGCAUGAUGUCUGUUACACUUAGUUGUGAUCAUCGGGUUGUGGAUGGAGCAGUUGGAGCUCAGUGGCUUGCUGAGUUUAGAAAAUACCUGGAAAAACCCAUCACCAUGUUGUUAUAAUUAAUCCAAGAGUUUCAAGACUCUUCUAGGUCAUGUUGGUUCAUUCUUACCAAGGUAUUUAUGUUGUUAAACAGGUGGUUCUUUUAUUUUAAAGUUAACCAGUUAUUUUUUUUAUGUCUGUCCAGAUAAGUUAUUUUUAAUGGGCAUUAUGGAACUAUUCUAAUGCCAAUAACACUCAUCUAUUGUGCACAUUUAAAAUUAAACUCCAGAUUUUAUGCUGUGUGCUCCUAGUCAAGGGACAUGUGGCCUAGAUCUUUGGUGAAAAGUAUAUCCACUGAGAAAUGUAAAGGCAGAAUUGUGGUUCCCUGUUGAGACAGCUACUUUUAUAUAAAAGUAAUGUGGAUAAAAUUUUGAAGUUCCAAAAUUUAGUCUCCUCAAAUGUUGUGGGAUUUAAUAGAGAGAGAAAGGGUCAGGAAAAUUAAUUUUCUUGGAGAGAAUGUAUGAACUGAAGCAUGAUUUUGGUAUUUUACCUAAUUUAAAACUUUUGUCUCAUGAUCUUGGUUUGGCAUGAAUAGGGAGGGUAGAGAACUUAAAGGGAUAUAAGUAAAAUUUCCUAAGUCAAUAUUUUCUUAGACAUCUCCAGCCAACUGAUUUUGCUCAUUUUCCUAUGAA